GCGGCCCCCCUCCCUACUGCGCACGCGCGUUUCCCGCCUUUUCGGGCACUUCCGGGACUGGAGCGGCGGCGGGAUGCAGGCGGCCCUGGAGAUCACGGCCCGUUAUUGCCGUAACGAGAUGGAGGAGUACGGCCGCUGCGUGGCCGCCAGCCCGGCCUCCUGGCAGCGCGACUGUCACCGGCUCCGCCUCAGCAUGUCCCGCUGCGCCGCCGCACACCCCAUCGUGCAGCAGAUCCGGCAGGACUGCGCCGAGCCCUUCACCGCCUUUGAGCAGUGCCUGAAGGAGAACCAAGCCUCCGUCAUGAACUGCAGCGACCAAGUCAAUGCCUUCCUGCUCUGCGCCGACCAGGUGAAGCUCUCCACGUGAGGGGAGCCUUGGAAUUCAAAUUCAUCCUCAGGAACGAAUGAAAAGGUCUUUCUCUACUCUGGAAUGUCGUUCUGGUGCUUGGUUGGGUUGGUUUUUCCCCUCUGGAGAAGGAAGUUGAGCCCUGCAAUGUGAUUUUUCUUGGUUCUGGCUCCUGCUACGUUUGUCUUCAGCAGAUGACAGGACUCUGACCGGGCUGUCAGAGCGUUCUUCAUCCGUCAGCACCUCCUGAGGUGCCUCUAAAAACUUCAAAAAAAGCAAAUAAAACACAGAACUGGGGUGAAGUGACACCAAAGGAUCACCAGCAACCUCUCGAAUAAGAACUGAAAGCUAAACCCUCGCUUCUUUUUCUGCGCUUUGAUAAUUAAGCACCAUAUUUUCCUUCGGCCCAAUAAAAAAAAACAACCAAAAACCACAAAACAACCCACUUUUCAAGAUCCAAAGCCAAUUCUGGCUUUUCCCACUGAUGAUGGAAGCUGCUGGACUGACUCCAGGGACAUUUCUUUGACUGUAAAUGUCCCAGCUUGACCCAUUUGAAACCAUCCGGUUUUGGGGGUGCCGGGAGGGGUUGUAGCCCUGGGCCUUCUGCUGGUUUAGAACAGCAGAGGGAGUCUUCCCACCAGCAGAAAUGGGAGAAAAACUGCAGAUUUCAGAGCCCUGACUGCUCCAUCGACAGCACAGCUGAGAUUUUUUUCAUGCAGGGGCACGGGGGCCACCUCCAAUGUUCCUACACGGGGCAAUAACAACCCCAGCUCUCAGGAGAGGUUGUUUCUGGGCUGUAACUAGUGGGGAAAAAAUUAAAACACUAUGAAAAACAGUAGAUGGUGUAACGAGGAGUGGGAUUAAGAUUUGGGGCUCAUGAGAUCUGGGAGCCCUUGCGUGGAGGGAGAGGUUUGGGGUGUUGGGAUCCAGGUCUGCCCCAGUGUUUCGCGUCGGGGAAUCACUGGUUAAUGCACUGGCUCUUGGGUGGGAGCAAGAAUCUCUCCCAGCAGAGGUUUAAACCUCAGAAAGUCCUUUUUGGGGUGCUCGAGGCCAGGUUUGAGGAUGGAGAAAGGGGCUUUUUAGGACCUAAAUGUGGAAAUGGAACUUCAGAGGAGCUGUUGGUCUUCCAGAAGAGUUACAGGGAACCAUAAAGCAAAAGUUUUCCAGAAGAGUUACGGGGAACUAUAAACCAGGAUUUUCCAGAAGAGUUACAGGGAACCAUAAACCAGGAUUUGCCACAAGUGUGCAAGGAGCAGAUCACACUUAGAACCUCGUGUGCACAGCACCAGCAGAGCUUCUCUGACAGCACCACGUGGGUUUACUGUGUUUGUGAGGGUUUUUUUUAUACCUCUCAGAGAUAUGGAACUGGGAAACCGGGUUUUGAGCUGAUUCCUAGGGGUUCCCACCCCCUUCCUGGGACACAUUAAUCCUUCCCCACCUUUCAGCCAGGCCUAAGUCCAAGCUUUCACCGUUGAGCCCGUGGUGGUUGGCAAAUGUCUCUUUGCAUUUGCCAGUUGGGCAGAGUUUUAACUCCUUUGGGGAGAAGGACAGCAGGUUUGGGUCGUUGUGUUCCAGCUUUUCGCAAAGCCGUUGCCGUUGGCUGUGGCUCAGGGGGGUGGCUGCAUUUCAGCAGGGAUGGGACCAUCAGAAGAUGCUGAAAUCGUGUCUAAAAACAUCUAAACAAGCUGGCAGAAAACUCUUUAUUUCCUUUUAUCACGUUUGGAAUGGAAAGGCAGAAGAGUUGGGAGGAAAAGGCGAUGGUGGCUUGGCUUCCAAAUGAAUGCAGAGAGGGGGCGAGCGCUACCAGAAAAGGAGGAGAAAUCUAUUUUUAGUGAGUCUUUGGAGUUUUAUUUAUCCCAGGCAGCACCCCAUUAGGCAGAAAUGUCUGUGGUGUGAAUAGCUUUAUUAAAGGAUGCCGGUAGACAGGAGCGAAGGUGCUUUACAUGUUGUUGACAUUGUAUUGAAAUGUCAGGCUGUCAGCAGAAAAGCCAUUUUUCAUUAUGUUUAAGGUGCACUGGGCCCCCUCUUAAGCCCAGUUAUGCCUCCUCCUCCUCCUCCUCCUCAGGAGCCUGAGCCACUCUAUUAUUACUCGCUCAAACACAUUAACUACUGAGCUGCCGGGCACUUGCUGUUGUCACCGUGGAGCCAAACCCUCCCAGGGCUCAAUUAACUUGUAGUAAUUAGAGAGGGAGAAGAGGAAGAUGCUGCUCCAUCCUGUUUCCAUGUUUAAUCGAGGGGAAAACCACUUUUUUGAGACAAUAUUAGUGAGGCAGCUGCGAGUUUUAUUCGGAAUAAAGAAUGUCCUCGUGCA